GCGUGAGCAAUCGUGAGUUCGUGAUGGCUGCCCUAGAGUUGCCGUGUAAACAAGUACAAAUCUUUUUCCGGGUAUUACUCGAAAAGAGCUCCGCGAGCUCUGGCGCGCGCAGCGCGCGCCUCUCUUCGCGGAUCGAUUUUCGUGAGAAAAUUCGAACGUCGCGUUACCGUCCAGCGUCGGGCCUCUCUCUGAGCGUCAACGAUGAGCAGAGCUCUCCUUCUUGAGCGAUUUUGUGACCGAAGGACAGCG